AUGGCUUUUGAGAUCAAAGAAAAACAACUUCAGAUGGGGAAAUUCAAACGCAAGAGGGCCGAGUUUAACUCACAGAUGAAAUAUCUUCACUUUCCGAAAAUUUCUGAAGUGGAUAGGUUGUGGCUGGAGCGUGAGUUUACGGAGGAUGAAGUAUGGGACGUGGGGGCCUUUGUCCAUGGUAAACAAAUUCUAGAUUGUGUUUUAAUUACCAAUGAAUGUGUAGAUAGCAUAUCGAAGGCUAGGAAACCUAGAAGCAAGAUAGAUAUGGAGAAAGCUUUCGACAACGUUAAUUGGCAAGCUUUGUUUACAAUAUUGCAAAAGCACGAGUUCGGUGAAAAAUGGAUCUCUUGGAUCAAACGGUGUGUAACUUCUACUCAUCUUUUUUUUCUUGUGAAUGGAGGUUCCACAGAGAUAUUUAAACCAAAUAAGGGUUUAAGACAAGGUGAUUCUUUGUCCCCUUAUUUGUUUCUUUUGGUGGUUGGAAUUCUCUCUAAGCUACUAAAUGACGCGGUGGAAAGAGGUCAGCUUUCUGGUUUUCAGGUGUUUAAUCUUUCUUGA